ACAAACCACACCUGAGAGAUGUCAGUCAUGCCACAUAAUGCACUACUGGGUAUAAGAAUAGAACAGAAUAGAAUAGGCUUCUGAUGUCAUGCACUAUGUAUCAUUGAUAACUCCAUAGAAUCAAAACCUCCUCUGGUCUAGAGGCAGUAUCAUGGAACAAUUUAACAACAAACAAGUAGUUAGAAUGGAGACCAAUCUGAAGAGUACAACAAUAUCAAACCUGCAAUUCUUCACUGUGUAAAGCACUAGGUAGCAAAUGAAAACCAGGAUGUGAACAUGUGUUCAACCCUGUGAAAUCCUCUCUCAGGAUUUAAUGAUCUAAUCACUCUGCUGUCUUGGGGCAGGUGUAAACCAUACUUUCAGAGGUUUUGCAAUGCUUACAAUAAUUGCAUAUCCUUCUUGGCCAGAUUGAGCUUUCACCCUGACAUCGGUGGAAUGAAGCUCUAGCUGGAAAAUAAUCUCAACCCUUUGGUAUAAAGGAGUUAAAUGAAGAAUUGCUGACACCAACACUUAAAGGAAAGCAAGUAAAAUUAAUGGGAAGCAGACCCGUUGGCACCAAAAUAUUUACUGAGUCACACAGGAGGAACAAUGUGACAGGAAACUUUCGUAUCAGAUUCUUGAAGUUGGGAAACUGUCCACACAACAAGCCAAGGGGAAACCAUUUUACAGCUGGAACGUGGAAACUGGGAUGUAAGGGAGAUUACAGUUCCGAGGUGGAGUUUACUUAUUGUAUUUUCAUACGAUAUGAAAGGCUCCCAGGGCUGAGAUGCUAACAGAGCAUGAAGAUGAGGAGACGAGUGAAGCUGCCGUUGCCGAGACUAGCACCAGCCAUGGGGAGAGCUGCCCAGCAAACCCUCCUCGCCGUACUCUGCCUAGCAGCAGCAGUUUGUGAGGCUCAGGACACCUGCCCAGAUGUGAAAAUAGUGGGUCUCAGCGGUUCAGAGAAGCUCGCUGUUCUCCAGGGCUGCCCUGGGAUUCCUGGUGCCAUGGGGCCCAAAGGUGACCCUGGACAUGCAGGAAUGAGAGGGGAACGGGGAGCUCCAGGGAUCCCUGGAAAGAUGGGACCAGCAGGGGAGAAAGGAGAGAAAGGAGAGUCCGGAGAACCAGAAACAACAGGACCCAGAAACUGCAAGGAGCUGUUAGCCACAGGGAGAACGCUGAGCGGCUGGUACGCCAUCUACCCAGGAGUAGCUGAUGAUUCCAUCACUGUCUUCUGUGACAUGGAUACAGACGGUGGAGGCUGGACUGUUUUCCAGAGACGCGCAGACGGUUCAGUGGAUUUUUUCCGUGACUGGGAUUCAUACAAGAAGGGUUUUGGGAACCAGCUGACGGAAUUCUGGCUGGGGAAUGACAAUAUCCACCUGUUAACAUCCCUUGAAACUUGUGAACUUCGUGUCGAUCUGAGUGACACGGAAAACAAUAAAUCCUUUGCCCACUAUGAGACCUUCAGCAUUUCAGGACAAUCUGACAAAUACAGACUGAACCUAGGAAAAUUUCUUACAGGCACUGCAGGUGAUUCCUUGUCUGGCCAUAAAAAUAUGACGUUUACAACCAAAGACAAUGACAAUGAUAUGCAUUCGGCGAACUGUGCUCUGCUGUACAAGGGAGGCUGGUGGUAUAACAAGUGUCACGGUUCCAAUCUGAAUGGGCUGUACCUGCUGGGGCCCCACAAGAGCUACGCAGAUAGUGUCAUCUGGGCAACAGGCAAAGGGGCUCACUACUCCUACAAAGUCUCAGAGAUGAAGUUCAGGCCGGUUUAGCACAAGGAAAGUGCAGCGGGAGGUCGCUCUCCAGCAAUGUGUGGGAAUGGACCCUCCCAGGUAGUUAGAUGCCUUAAGCCCAUUGAUUUCCAUGGAAGUUAGGUGCCUAACGGAUCUGGGCCUUAGAGCCUGGUCUGAAGCCCAGUGAAGUCAAUGGGAGUCUUUCCAUUGACAUCAGUGUGUGCGGAUGAGGCCCACAGCUGGAAGCACCCAAGCAAACAUACGGAUGUUUAGUACCAACCUUUUCCUUUUCCUGGUCACGUUGAGUUUCAUAGAUACUAAGGUCAGAAGGGCCCAUUAUGAUCAUCUAGUCUGACCUCCUGCACAACACAGGCCACAGAAUCUCACCC